AUGUCUGAUGAUGACGGAAUGUUAUUGAACUUCACCAUGAGUGAUGAGCCAAAUGUGGCCAUCUCUAAAAGAGCUACCGUCACUAGUGGCACUUGGAAAGAGAGAAGAAUGAUGAAAAUGAAAUUGGAAGGUAAAGAACCAAAGAAGAGAUCGAAUGGUAAAGACGAUGGUUCCAAUAGAAGAAAUAAGAGAAGAGAUGUUGCUGUCGAUGAUUUAGAGAUGACUAAUGAUGCCAAGGCUACUUGGGAGUCCUUUUCAGGAGAAUCUGGUGCCUCUGACAACCAAAAAGGUAAGCAGAAAAAAGAUGGUCCUUCCAAUGUCAUUCCUGCACAUAUUAGUUCGCAGGUUGUUACAUCUUUAUUUACUUCUAACAGAAAAAUUGAUACUUUGAAAAAUAUUAAUCAAAAGAAUGAGGAUGAAGAAACCAAUCCUUCAAAUGCUCCAUUGAUUGCAGAUGACUUUGAGUCGUCUGGAGUCUCAGAUAUUCUUGUAAAGCAUUUGCAUGAAAAACUUAAAAUAGAUAAGCCAACAAGCAUUCAAAAACUUGUCUUACCACAAUUACUAUCUAAUAACAAUGAGGAUCUAUUCAUCCAUGCUCAGACAGGUUCUGGUAAGACUUUGGCAUUUUUACUUCCGAUUUUAUCAAGAAUAUUAAAUAUGAAAACCAGAGUGGAUCGUAAAUCUGGUUGUUUUGCAAUAAUUAUUAUCCCAACUAGAGAACUAGCUCAACAAAUUUACCAAGUUCUUAUUUCCCUUACAGGUUGUUGUCAUUACUUAGUUCCUUGCCUAUUAAUUGGUGGUGAAAGUAAAAAAUCAGAGAAGGCUAGAUUAAGAAAAGGUUGUAACUUUAUUAUUGGUACCCCAGGUCGUGUUUUAGAUCAUUUUCAAAAUACAGAAUCUGUCAAGACUCAAUUAGGAAAAUCGUUAAGGUACCUAUUAUUCGAUGAAGGUGACAAAUUAAUGGAAUUGGGUUUUGAAGAAACGUUAUCCCAAAUAUUGUCGUUGAUUCAUAGUAUUCCAAUAGAUACAUCUGCCUUCCCUUCAUUACCAUCUCGUAUUGUUAAUAUUCUUUCAAGUGCUACCACUAAAGGUGAUGUAACCAAGCUAGGUAAUGUUGCUCUAAAGAACUAUAAAAUGAUUUCAAAUGGUAAAAUGGAUAAUAAUGCAUUAACUAGUGUACCUGAUCAAUUAGUACAAAGUAUUACUAUCGUUCCUCCAAAAUUAAGACUUGUCACUUUAGGUGCUUAUUUGGAUUCAUUGUGUAAGAAGCAUAAACAACAGAAGACUAAAGAUGCUUCUCAUGUGUCAAGAACGAUAAUAUUUUUAUCAUGUGCUGACAAUGUUGAUUUUCACUAUGAAGUCUUCUCUUCUAGUGAUUCUCAUCAUGGUAAUUUAGUUGGUGAUUCUGUAAGAAUUUUAACAAAAGGUAAUACUAUCUUUCCUUCUGUUGAUCCAGAAAUUAAUCCUGAUGUCAUAUGUUACAAAUUACAUGGCUCUUUAACCCAACAAAUGAGAACUUCAACGUUACAACAUUUUUCUAAAGAGAGCGAGACCGUUGCUGGUAAACAUUUAAUUAUGUUUUGUACUGAUGUUGCUAGCAGAGGUUUAGAUUUACCUCAAGUUGGUACUGUUAUCGAAUUAGAUCCACCAUUUGCAGUUGAAGACCAUCUUCAUAGAAUUGGUCGUACCGCUCGUGCUGGUAAAUCUGGUGAAUCGUUGUUAUUUUUACUUCCUGGUGAAGAAGAGGGAUAUAUGGAAUAUAUUAAACCAUAUCACCCAAAGGGUUGGAAGAUGUUGAAUUACACAGAUGAUAUUUUAAAACCUACAUUUCAAAAUGCUGCAGUCUCUAGAAAUGAUAAAAGUAAGGCAAGAAAUUCUGAUGAAUGGGACAUUAAUGCUACUACCUGGCACUUGAACCUUGAAAGACGUUUAUUAGAGGAUAACUAUAUGAAAGAAUUAGCCGUCAAAGCUUAUAUAAGUCAUACUAGAGCAUAUGCUACACAUAUCUCCAAAGAAAAGAAAUUUUUUAACAUCAAAUUUGUCCAUUUAGGUCAUUUAGCAAAGAGUUUUGGUUUAAGAGAGAGACCAAGAACCAUGGGUUUCCAAACUGCCAAACACGAAGAAGCUGAAUCCAAGAAAGCUAAAAGAGAGAAUCCAAAAAACAAAAUGUUUAGAUUAGCUAGAGAAGCACAAAAGCAAUCUUUCAGUGAAUUUAAUUAUUAG